AGGUAAUUGUCCCGCGACUGCAUUUCGAACCGUCCUUUGGCAGUACCAGCGACGAGUACCGACAAUCAUCGUCAUUAAAGUGCCUGUACUUUAAUCUGAACCUUUUUGACUGACAUUUUAUGCUAUACCUCAUUGUGCUUUAAUUCAGCAUUACAGCCCUUCCUCAACUUGUAAUGUCCUACCCAAUGCUUACCAAACAAGAAGAAGAGGCGCUCACGACAUCAGCGCAAGCUACUGCUCAGUACGUCGCUGACCUCUCUGAACUUCCUGCUGUUCAGCAACAGAACCAAAAUGAUACUCAAGUCCCCACUAGUAAUGUUGCACAAUUGGACUUGCCUCAAGAUUACCAAGCCCAUUUCAGCGCUGCUCAGGCACAAGCCGUCGCCCAAGCGGCAGCAGCGGCCAUGACCCAGGCGAAUAACGGAAACUAUCCAGUUGACUUUACGUCUGCUACUUCGGCGGGCAUGGAUUCACAAGCAUCUCAGCAACAAGUCUCCAAUGACAUGUACAGAAAGUCUUUAAUCAGUGAGAAGGUGAGGGCUGAGAACCGAGAGAGAAAGAAGAGAUGGCGCGAACAAAAUGAGGAUAGAAACAAGGACAAUGAUUUACGUUGUCGUGUCAACAAACGCGCCAUUCGAUUGUUCGGUGCGGGAGAUAGUGAACACAAGCGAAGCUGGAUCGAAAGAGAAUUUGUAAAGAGACAAGCAAAGAGAAAGGACAAGGAAAUUCGCAAACAUGCUGUGAACGGAGCUAUCAACAAUGACGGCUCAGUGGGUGGCAGUCCUGGUGCGGAUCAGUUACAAUCCUCAGCGCAGUCCAAUGACCUUGCUCAAUUACAAAAUUCUUCCUAUUAUAACAUGGGAGCUGGUAAUAUGGCUCCCCUAUCUCCCAACACCACUGCAAAGCUGUUAAAUAGCAACCUGCAAGAAGCCAUCAAAGCACAACAAGAAACUAGUCAAUUGACAUCAGCACAGUUGCUUGAAAAGUUAUUGCAGCAAGCUCCUGCUCCACAGCUUGAAGGUUCACAAAUGCAGUCAUUCAGCAACGAACAAGCUACCGGCGACUCAGCAACAGGCAACGAGCUUGGUGAUGGUAAUCCAUCUGUGUCCGAGGCUUCUUCUACGCCAACAACGUCGGCGUCUCAUGUAGCAAACGCACCAAACGGAGGAGCUCCAGCUAACCAAAAUGGUGAUUACCCAAUGGAGGCGGUUCUUACUCUGAUGCAAUUGAAUGCAGGUUGGCGGCAAUGAUCUCUUAUCCGAAAGCUCCCUAUACAUUUCAUUGAAUUGAAAGUAUGCUUGCACGAGGAGCCAAGUCAUGUACAAGAUACCUCAUUCUUUUGCCUCUCACAUAGAAUAUUGAACCAAGUCGUCCAAUUUCACAGCAUCUGAAUCUCAACAAGACGAUGUUUGUUUCUUCUGUUACUUUUUUUUUUUUUCCCCCUUUCUUUCACUUUUAUCAUAACAGCAUUUUUUUUUUCUUUCUCUCUCUUUUGACACUCACCACAUCUAAUUCGGUCGCAGUACUUCUCAUAUUUUUAUUUUCGAAAAUGAAUUUUACCUGCCUGCACCCGAGUAACAAAUAAGAAUAGGAAAACUAAAAAUUUGACGUGUGAUAAGAGACGUA